GGAAGCGGCGGUCGUUGAACCAAUUUUCCCCCUUGCCACAGCAGCACAAACGACCCACGGUCCAUAAAAAUCCUUCGCAGCAGUGCAGUGGUGUAGUGUUCCGCCUAGUGCAGCCGACACAAUCGGUGACCGUUUCACAUCGUCGGCUCGGGACGGAGAAAGUAAAGUGGCCCAAAAAGCACUGUGCAAAAAACCACACCGAAAACGCAAGCAAGCGACAAAGGAAGAUGCUCACCCCCGUGAUGUUGAGUCACGAUUAGAUCGAUGAUCGUACGACCGGAAGAUUGAUCGCUGCUCCACCAGCCCAGGGGAAGAACGAGAAAUUCCUUUCCAAAUCCCCUCGCAAGAAGCGAGCUUGAAGCAGCACAACGCGAAACACACUCCAGAAAAGAAGUAAAGAAAGGCGCAAAUUUCUCCCGCAAAUGAGAUCGGCCAGGCGGGAAAAGAAACCCCCGAUAAAUCUGCUCCGUUUCUUGCGCCACUAAAACCGGCGAACCCGGAAGCUGCGGCGGUGGUGGAGGUGGCGGUGGUGGUCAGCUGCUGACAAGAGGAGAAGCAACAGCAGCAGCAGCCUGUCCGGCGGAUGUGGGUUGCGGGUGUGUGGGUCCGUGUGUUUUCGUGUACGUCCGAGCGCGUGUAGUUGUGAAUAUAUUGCAUCUUCUCGUGAUUAUCGUCAUCAGCGUCUCAGCUCGUCGCCGGGCGAAGGAAACGUCGCGGAAAGCGGUGCGUCGAAAACGAAGCGGGUUCCGAGAUUCGUCAAGUCUUCGCGAUCGCCGCGUACGAUCGUUCCGGGGCGGGUUUUCGUUGGUGCGCGCCAGCACGACCACUUUUCCAGUGAAGCAAGAAGCACAUGGUGUGUGUCCCCAGGGGGGGUGGGUGUUUGGGUGCGAUUGCGUGCGAAACACACCGGGGUCUCAAGUGGUUCCGGCCUACUGUGUGACUACUAGGCGAUCGUUUGUUUAAACGAAAGCGAAACAGAAAAAUAAUAAUAAUUAUCAUUUAAGAAAAAAAGGAAAAGCUGUGCAAAAUCCCACACCCUCCCAUACGGGGGUGAGUGUCUGUGUGUGUUUGUGUGUGUAUGUGUGUGCAGCCACCGUGGUCGAAGGGGAAGAGAAAAGAGUGUUCCGUGCCGUACCGGUUGUUUUUCGUGCUUGGAGCGUUAGUGAAAGUGUUGGCAACAUAAAAAUAUCUCCAACACGCGCGAGACAGCACGGACGCGUUUUCGCGGACUCGGGAAGAAAACAGCGGCUAGCACCGGACCGGGGCCGGGGUGCCAAGAAGAGGUCGGCGGAAUAAUUUGCCCAGCGUGGGCGCGCAAAGAAUUUCGGCCGCUUGGAGGUAAAAACCAGCACCGGCGCACACUUAAUCGGCCGCGCGCAACGGUCGACUGCAGAGCGCUACACCGGGACACGACGCGAAAUAUUUCGCUGCCAGCCAUCGUAGCAGACAGCUGGAUCCGCUCGCUGCACCCUCCUUCUCCCCCCGCUCGACGGAGGAAUCCGCGUAGUAAAGCAGGAACGAACCGCGAGCCGGCGGUUUUCAGCGAACGACGCCUAGGCGCUUCUAUUUCGGGUCGCCAUUCUGACAACAAAAAGCCGCCAACCUGGAACUAAUGGAAUUAGAGAACAUUGUGGCCAAUACGGUCUACCUGAAGGCGCGCGAGGGAGGCUCCGACAGUAACAAAGGAAAGAGCAAAAAAUGGCGCAAGAUCCUCCAGUUUCCUCACAUAUCGCAAUGCAUCGAUCUCAAGAACAAAAUAGAUGUAAGCUAUGGUUACGUAGUUGAUCAGCAGCCGAUCGGGCGUGAGCUGUUCCGCCAGUUCUGCAAGGUGAAACGGCCCCAGUACUCGCGGUACAUCACGUUCCUCGAUGACGCCACGCGGUAUGAAAUAGCGGCCGACGAGCACCGGGUCGAUCUGGCGUACGAGGUCGUGAAGCGGUACCUGGGACUAUGCACCGAGAGCCAGCGCGAGGACAGCGGCGGAGGCGGCGGCUGCGACAGCGACGGGGGGAAGUGCGACGACGACAGCGGCAUCGGGGGCGACACGAAGAAGCUUAGCAAUCACGACGACCCGGAGAAGAGCCUGACCGGCUCGAACUCGGUCACCAUCACCAACGCCAUCAACGUCAGCGAGAAGGACGAGUUCGUGCUGGACGUGCUGAACGACGACAUGGUGGCGCAGGUCCGCAACAAACUAUCCACCGGCAGCAGAGAGCUGUUCGAACCUUCCAUCACGGCGGUACGGGCGUUCCUGGCCGGCGAACCAUUCCGGGAAUUCGAAGCUUCGAUGUACUUCCACAGAUACCUCCAGUGGAAAUGGCUCGAGGCCCAGCCGGUUACUUACAAAACUUUCCGAAUGUACCGCGUGCUGGGAAAGGGUGGCUUCGGUGAAGUCUGCGCAUGUCAGGUUCGUGCCACCGGAAAGAUGUACGCAUGCAAGAAGCUGGAAAAGAAGCGCAUCAAGAAGCGAAAGGGCGAAUCGAUGGUAUUAAUAGAGAAGCAGAUACUGCAGAAGAUAAACUCCCGAUUCGUGGUGAACCUGGCGUACGCGUACGAGACAAAGGACGCGCUCUGCUUGGUGCUGACGAUUAUGAACGGUGGCGACUUAAAAUUCCACAUCUACAACAUGGGUGGCGAACCCGGCUUCGAGCUGACCCGGGCACGAUUCUACGCGGCGGAAGUGGUCUGCGGGCUAGAGCAUCUACACCAGCAGGGAAUCGUGUACCGGGACUGCAAGCCGGAAAACAUUCUGCUCGACGAUCACGGCCACGUGCGCAUCUCAGACCUGGGACUGGCCGUUGAAAUUCCCGAGGGUGAAAUGGUCAGGGGACGAGUCGGUACCGUAGGGUACAUGGCGCCGGAAGUGAUCGACAAUGAAAAGUACGCAUUUUCACCGGAUUGGUUCAGCUUCGGGUGCCUGCUGUACGAGAUGAUCGAGGGGCAGGCACCGUUUCGGGCCCGCAAAGAAAAGGUAAAGCGCGAAGAGGUCGAUCGGCGGGUGAAGGAAGAUCCGGAGAAGUACUCGCACAAGUUCAGCGACGAAGCCAAAUCGUUGUGCCAACAGCUGCUAGUGAAGGUCGUAAAGAGCCGGCUGGGAUGCCGCAACGGGCGCCACGGUGCGCGAGAGGUUAAACUGCACCCGUUCUUCAACAGUAUUAACUGGAAACGGCUCGAGGCCGGAUUAAAUGAUCCUCCGUUCGUGCCGGAUCCACACGCUGUUUAUGCCAAAGACGUACUGGACAUCGAGCAGUUCUCGACGGUGAAGGGCGUCAAUCUGGACGCGACGGACGAAAACUUCUACACCAAGUUCAACACGGGCUCCGUGUCAAUACCGUGGCAGGACGAGAUGAUCGAGACCGAGUGCUUCCGCGAGCUGAACGUGUUCGGUGUGAACGAGUGCCCAACGCCCGACCUGCUCAUCAACGCACCGCCGGUGGUGGAGAAACCGGGCUGUUUUCCAUUCCGGAGAAAAAAGAAGCAAACGGCCCGCGAAAAGCCGGUACCAUUCAACGAGAAGCUGUUGUCCUCUAGUCAAACGACGGUCAGCUGUAGCCAGGCGCCGAACGAGAGUUGAUAGGUGUAAUCACACUCCGGAUCUUACUGAACACGAGCACGGGACGCUGCAAACGUGCGACGAAUGUUGGUUUAGAUGACGAUUGGAUGAAUGAGGGAAUAGCUACCACACCAGCUAAGUGUGGGGAUUCCUAUCCAAGAUUCUUGACUUGUGUGACACUCCCGGGUGACGGUGCAUCCCCCCUUUUCCCACACCCUGGUGGUGUUGUUCGGCUACCGGAACACUGGACGGAGGGGUAGGAACAUGUUUCUACCUUUUUUUCCCGUCUACCAAACAAGCAAAUGCAAAUAUUCACCGUCACCUCCCGCUACUAAAUGGAUCUGCUAGUAAGAUGUAGGAAGUAAUGGAUCCGCUCCAUUACCAACUCAUAAAAUAACUCAACUCUCACUCUCAGUCAAUGGUACACAAUUAUGCACGUGAACAUUUUCUCAUACGCACACAAAAAGUAGUUAAUUAAAAACAAAAAGAAAUGAAACAAAACUUGGCCACAAAUAGACAGAGAUAGAAUGAGCAGAUGGGGGAAAGUGAAGGAGAGGAGUAGACCGUGACACGAAUCGUGCAAAUGUUCUAGACUUAUGGCCAAAUUGCAUUUUGUGGGAUGAGCGCGUGUUUUGGAACGCAAUAGAGUUCGACAGAGCAACCGUAGCAGUAAUGUUAGGAACCACAUUGUAGUACUUCAUUUUAACGAAGUAUGUAUAGGAUGACGAAGUACUAGGGAGGGGAGUUUUAGAUGAGCCUCAAGACUCAAGACAAAUGCUUUGAAAAUAAUCGCUUUCUUGCAUAAAUUUUUGUUUUGUUAUGAAGUUUACAUUGAGCAGUAAAAUGUAAUAAUUUUUUAGCAACAUGCUCUAGCAAGCAGAACGCUAAACCGUUUCAGUUGAUUCAAUUAAGUUGGUAAAACAAUUAAAGCAAAAAUUACGGUUUUAUACAUGUAGUGUAUUGGUUUUAGUUUUGAAUAACCAACUCAUGCAAACGAUGGGUGUCAUUAAGAUUACAUUGAUAUUAACUGUCAGCGGCACGUGCAACACAUCGAUUUUAAGGAUGUGUGUUAUAAAGAGAAUCUUGCCAAAGCUAGAACCUGUAUCUAACAAAAUUCUUCCCACCAUGUCUUUUGAGGAGGUGAUCCUGUGGGAAAAGUUUAUUCUCGUGUUCUUUUUUUUUUCUUGUUUUGUCGAAUUGUUUGGCAGCAAAUUUGAGCAGAGUUUGUUUUUCUUUAUAUCGUUGUGUGAUACACUCUUGGAUGUGUAUGUAACCAACAUUGUAUAAUUCAUGUGGAAAAGCGAUCUUUGGUGAGCUGUUAUUAGUUUGGUUAAUUUUUUGUCACCAGAUUUUGACUGUCGAAGGCUUUCGCUAUUACGUUUGAAACUAAAGUUUGUAAUAUUUUCCUACAAUAAUUUAACAUCAAUAGAACAAGACAGCAGUGGACAGUCGGUUGCACAAUCCCGCGUGGAAGAAGUACAUGGAGUGUACUUAAAUCUCUUAAUGUUCGAAUGCAUCUUUUUAACAAACUUUCAUACUCAUGUACUAAUCAAUUAUAAAAAAAAACUAUAGACUAUUCGUGACUAGGAGCUAGCAGGGCAAGCAGGAAGUGGAAAAAUUUGAAGAACGGGAGUUGGGAAGAACACAACUCUAUCGCACAUAAUACCCAUAAUAAACACAACAUAAGGCAUUGCACAGAGGAAUGAUAUUUCCAGGGCAGCGUGAGGGGGAGUUCGAUAAGUCCAAUCGCAUAACGUAUGAUAAACCUAUACUAGUUACCGAAAAGAGGAAGGAUGAUGCGGAAAAAAAAUAAAACAAAACAAAACAAAUUCCCUACACUCACAGACGGAACAAACGCCACGGAGACGAA